UUUUAGUUCAGUCUGAUCAACUUUCCUUGAUGGAGUCCAGACUGACAGACAACAACACUAAAGUUUUCUCUAUCGAGCUGGAGGUCAGACUGAGUGACAGUGAGAAACAGCUGGAAGAUCUGAAGACAGAAAACACAGCUCUGGAGGUCAGACUGAGUGUCGGUGAGAAACAGCUGGAAGAUCUGAAGACAGAAAACUCAGUUCAGUCUGAACAGCUUUCCUCGUUGGAGUCCAGACUGAAUAUCACACACAAAAACACUACAGAGCUGGAGGUCAGACUGAGUGUUAGUGAAAAACAGCUGGAAGAUCUGAAGACAGAAAACACAGAGCUUGAGGUCAGACUGAGUGACAGCCAGAAACAGCUGGAAGAUCUGAAGACAGAAAACACAGUUCAGUCUGAUAAACUUUCCUUGAUGGAGUCCAGACUGACAGACGGACACAACAACACUACAGCUCUAGAGGUAAGACUGAGAUCCACUCAGACACAGCUGGAACAGCUGGAGAAUCACACUGCAGCUCUGGAGGUCAGACUGAGUGACGAUGAGACACAGCUGGAAGAUCUGAAGACAGAAAACACAGAGCUGGAGGUCAGACUGAGUGUUAGCAAGAAACAGCUGGAAUAUCUGAAGACAGAAUACACAGUUCAGUCUGAUCAACUUUCUUUGAUGGAGUCCAGACUGACAGACAGACACAACAACACUACAGCUCUGGAGGUCAGACUGAGUGUGGGUGAGAAACAGCUGGAAGAUCUGAAGACAGAAAACUCAGUUCAGUCUGAUCAACUUUCUUUGAUGGAGUCCAGACUGACAGACAGACACAACAACACUACAGAGCUGGAGGUCAGACUGAGUGUUAGUGAGAAACAGCUGGAAGAUCUGAAGACAGAAAACUCAGUUUUCAGCGUCCGACUAAAUGAAAGUGACGAAAUUCUGCAGCAGCUCAAAAACACCGACUCAGAGCUGGAGGUCAGACUGAGUGACAGCGAGAAACAGCUGGAAGAUCUGAAGACAGAAAACACAGAGCUGGAGGUCAGACUGAGUGUUAAUGAGGAACAGCUGGAAGAUCUGAAGACAGAAAACACAGAGCUGGAGGUCAGACUGAGGGACAGCCAGAAACAGCUGGAAGAUCUGAAGACUGAAAACUCAGUUCAGUCUGAUCAACUUUCUUUGAUGGAGUCCAGACUGAUAGACAGACACAACAACACUACAGAGCUGGAGGUCAGACUGAGUGUUAGUGAGAAACAGCUGGAAGAUCUGAAGACAGAAAACUCAGAGCUGGAGGUCAGACUGAGUGUUAAUGAGGAACAGCUGGAAGAUCUGAAGACAGAAAACACAGAGCUGGAGGUCAGACUGAGGGACAGCCAGAAACAGCUGGAAGAUCUGAAGACUGAAAACUCAGUUCAGUCUGAUCAACUUUCUUUGAUGGAGUCCAGACUGACAGACAGACACAACAACACUACAGAGCUGGAGGUCAGACUGAGUGUUAGUGAGAAACAGCUGGAAGAUCUGAAGACAGAAAACUCAGUUUUCAGCGUCCGACUAAAUGAAACUGACGAAAUUCUGCAGCAGCUCAAAAACACCGACUCAGGUGACCUGAAGGUGGCGUUCUCGGCCGGUCUGACUGAUUCAGGGUCAGUCGGACCGUUCGACACGGAGACGACUCUGAUCUUCUCCAAAACCAUCACCAACAUCGGCCGAGCCUACAACCAGACUGCAGGUGUGUUCACGGCCCCCGUCAGAGGACUUUACUUCUUCAGCUUCACGGCAGCAGAUUACCUGAAAGGUUACAUGGGUCUCUACCUGUACCGGAACAGCCGGCCAAUCCUGUUCAACCUGGACCUGAACGACCACGGCGGCUACGCGUCCACGUCCAACGCCGUGGCCCUGCAGCUGGAGGAGGGCGACCGGGUCCGCCUCGGUCUGCCGGCCAGCUACCGGCUCUACGACGACUCCCGAAACUUCAGCGUCUUCUCGGGCUUCCUGCUGUUUGCCCUCUGACGGGACAGUCCCAGGAUAAGGGUGCGAGGGAGACAUCCCGUCUGCAUAAACUACCCUUUCAGCUGUCGGACUGGACCGAAAAAGACUGGACUUUUAUUUUUGGUAGAGACCAACUGUGGUUACAACCGUGAUGGACUUGUUUACAUCAAUGAAGCUCAUAAAUAUUAAAAGGUAAGCUGGUUUUGA